GAGCCUCCCAUCACCCAACUUGAACACUGUGUGGUGUGUUGCGGGUCAGUUCUCAAAGGGAAGUAUGUGGUUCGGAAGUGUCGACACUCCGGUGUCGGUUCGCCCGUCGCUAAAGUAAGACGAUCUCGGCGACCGUUAAGUCCUGUUUAAAAGCCAGCGGUGCACAGGAGUCUCUCUCUCUCCCUCUGUCUCUCUGUCUCUCUCUGCAGGCCUUCCUUCAGUUAGCCCACCUGUUUGGACAACAUUACAUAAGCUUUGCGUCGCGGUGCUGCGCGAGGCAGCGCUGGAGCCGCGCGAGCUUCACUGCAGCAGAGCGCGCGAGGGGAGUGGAGCAGCGAGCCGCGGCUGCUGACUGUGGCGCUUUAAGCUGGAUUAGAAAGUGCUGAACGCGGCCUUAAUCAGAUUGUUUCUCCGGAACUGAGCGGAGGAGGUACGGGACGAGUCCAGCAGCCUCGUGCUGACCCGUGCGGCGCAUGUUCGCAGAUAUUUCCCGUGGUCUUUGGCUUCUUUCGCCUCAGCGUCUCAGUCUGACUGUGUUUGUGCUGCACUCUCUGCAGCAGAGCCGCCGGGAGCUCUACAUCAGCGAUGCUGCUGGGUUUUAGGGCAGCACCGGAUAACCCCUAGAGGAAUCCGCGGUCCUCUCGGGGUUCUGACCAACUACAGUUACGAGGAGGCGAUGGACAUAGGAAACGAGCUCUUUUAGGGGUCCCUUUUGGACUCUUGCACCCCCCUGUAAUGGUCGAGUUCAGAGUGAUGAAUGGAAUGGCACAGACCUUGCACCCUAUACCCCUGCCUUGUAUGCCACAGUCCUUUGCUGUUCUUUAGCUGUUCUCCUGCCUUGUGCUCCUUGUGGAGAAGAUGACUUGUGAAGACUACAUACCCAGCUUUAUGGCCACCAGAGUCCAAAAUCAGCUUGCCAGAUGUAGAUACAGUAAGCACCCUUGACCUGAAUCCGUUUUACAGCCUGCAGUCAUGGAAGACAGUGAGCUCAUCUUCUCCCUGGACCGUGAUGAGGAGGGUCCAGUCGUCUCCUUCUCCAAAGAAAGACCUCGUGGUCGAGGAGAUGGCCGACCAGCUCUCCAUUCCUCUGCCUUCAACUUCCCCCUCUCCUCCUCCACUCCCAGCUCCUUGGGUGAGCUCUCAGCCUCAGCCCCUGGUACUGUCGUCCAUUGUCCUCCUUCAUCCACCAGUAGCAUCAUCAAGUCCUGCUCCUCUUCCUCUGACAUGGAGUCCAAAGAGAUUGCCUCGCUGAGGCCAAAGCCCCUGCUCAGCCUUGUCAAGUCCCUCUCCACUGAGAUUUCCCGCCGAGAGCCUGAAGUCUGCCUCUCCAGGUCGGACUCCAAACUCCACCUACAGCCUUGGAAGCAUGUAACCAAGCCCUGGGACGAGGCAGAGGCAGAGCCUAGUGGCCUGCUGCUGGCCGAGCUGGAGGACACACGUCGAAAAUUUUCUGAGGCCAUGCAGGAGCCAUUCAGCGUACUCAGUAAGAUCAUGGGCGAGGAGGGGGGUGGCAGCCCCAAGACUCAGAAAGGCGAUUCCACUGCUGGAGGAGGGUCACCUGCUCGGACUGAGGAGGGCAGUCUGCCAACCGUUUGCGAGACUCCUUUGAGGAAGCCAAGGAAAGGGCUGCUUUCAAGCUAUUCACCUGAAUUCUGCCGCAAACUGGGAAGUGAGGGCAGUCGCUAUGAGAUCCGCACCUAUGGUGACAUUAUGCAGGUGGUGGAGAUUAAAGGACACUCUGACCCAGAGCUCAGAAAUCCACGGCUGAAGAAUGUCAAAACGACAUCAUCAGGUCCAGGCAGGUGGCUGGUGUGCGUCAGCCUACUGGCCUAUGGCUUCUUUGUGCUACCGUUGUCCUCCUACCUGACUGGACUGUUUCUGGGAAUGGCUUGUGGGUUCAUGAUGGGCCUAGCAGUGGUACUAAUGCUAGCACUACGGCGACCGACCAGUGCCCAAAAGAAGCUGGCUGCCUCCCCUGACGAUAGCCUGCCGACGGACUCCAUUAGCAGGGUGCAGAGAGAUUUGGGAGCAUUGCAGGGCUGGAUGAAUGAAAUGAACUCCUAUGACCCGGAGACCUACCACCCCUCAAUGUGUCACUCUGUCUAUGUCACAUUGGAAGGCUGCCACCUGCGUCUGGCGUACCCCCGCACCAACAUCCCACGCCGAGCCAGCACGCACGAACCUGCCGAUGACACCACGUUUGUGCGCUCACGCAGUUUCCAGCUGACCAACAGCAAGGUUUUUCUGCUGCCAGAGGUUUUGGCAAAAAAGAGAGUGUGGAAUAAGAAGUAUCCCGUCUGCAUUGUGCUGGCUGAGGAAGAAGAGCACAAAGAGGACGAGGGAACCAGUGAGCCAGCAGAUGAAGACAAUGGGAGAGCAGAGAAACCUCCGCUGGUGGAGAAGGAAGUAGGCCAGACCACCGUGCUCUACCUUUUUGGGCGUACAGGGAGAGAGAAAGAGGAGUGGUACCAGCACUUCCUGUUAGCUUCGAAGGCCGAGCACCACUUCAGCAGAGAUGAGUCCAAGACAGAGGUGUGCAGUGCUAAAGGGUCCAGUCGGGGCAGUACUGAUGACCUGGCCUCCAUGCUAGGCCUGAGGGAGCUGGCUGGCUCAGUCAGAGAGAAGAUCUUGCUGGACUACAGCUCCUACAUGGCUCACUUUGUCAUGUCAGAGAGCUGUAGCCUUACACCCAGUCCCAGCCACAGUGAACCAGGCAGCCCCACUGACACACACAGGCUGUCCAGUGAUCGGGGGGCAGAGCAGGGUGAGAGCAGGCCAGCAUGGAUCAAUGCCCUCAUUGGGAGGAUCUUCUGGGACUUCCUGCGGGAAAAGUACUGGGCCGACCAGGUGGCCCACAAGAUCCAGAAGAAGUUGACCAAAAUCAAGUUGCCAUACUUCAUGAACGAACUGACCCUAGCCGAACUGGACAUGGGCACAUGCAUGCCGCAAGUGCUGAGUACCUCCAAACCUUCAGUGGAUCAAAGAGGCCUGUGGCUGGAGCUGGAGGUGGUCUACACUGGUUCUCUGCAGAUGACUCUGGAGACGAAGAUGAAUCUGCGAAAGCUGGGCAGAGAGAGCGUGUCAGAAGCAGAGAACCUCACAGAGAGCAGUGGACUAGUGGGCCUUCACUUGAACCAUAUGGCACAACUAUCUGGCAGAACAAGCUCCAGGCCUAGGCUGUGUAUCAUUGCAGACAGUGAUGAGGAGUCAUCUAGCGCAGGCUCGUCUGAUGAAGAGGACUCUGUGCCCUGUGAGCCUCAGGGCACUCUGGGAGAAAAGAGCAUGCCCCCUGGGUCUGACGGCCAUGGCAGUGGAAGCACCAGUAGGAAAAUUCUGCGCUUUGUGGACAAGAUCGCCAAGUCUAAGUAUUUCCAGAAGGCCACAGAGAAUGAGUACAUCAAGAAGAAGAUUGCAGAGGUCUCCAACACUCCCCUGCUGCUCACUGUGGAGGUGCUGGAACUCUCUGGAACUCUAGCUGUAAACAUUCCACCGCCCCCUACUGACCGAAUAUGGUACAGUUUCCGACUUCCCCCGAGGCUGGAUCUGCGAGUCAAGCCCAUGCUGGGCGAGAGAGAGGUCACUUUCACUCAUGUCACUGAGUGGAUAGAGAGGAAACUGCAGUGUGAGUUUCAGAAAGUUUUUGUGAUGCCCAAUAUGGAUGACCUGUACCUGCCCCUUAUGUCCUCUGGAAUGGACAAUUCCGCCAUAUCCCAGCCAUCCUCUGGGGAAAGUCAGGAGCAGCAGAAAUGCGGAGGUUUGGAGUGAAACAAGGACACACAGAGAUGUGAAGAGAAGAGUGUGUGUUCCAAAUGAAGCUCUUAUGGGUAUGUGGGCAGUUUACUGCAGCUCCAUGUGAACUAGCCACAAAGACUGAUGGACAGUGAUUGAUCCUGUGUGGAAAAUGAUCAGCUGCUGUGCUAAUAGACUCAUGAACCUCUAAUAUAAGCUUAAAAAAAAUCUACAGAAGACAUGGAAGCAAUGAUCCUUAAGACAGUGUUCAACAGAUACCAUGUGUUUAGCACAAAUGUAGGGCCAGCAAUUUGAAAAGAAAAUCUCGUCUAGAAGGAUGUUCCAAAAAUAUUAAUACAUGUCACUCAUUCAUGUAAGUUCAUGUCAUCCUGUCACUGAAUGAUUUUGAGAAUUGAGUUUGGCUAUGGACUGGCCUUAAGAUGGAAUAUUUUCAUAGGUGAAUUUGUGGCAGUCCUGCAUGUCAUUGUACCAUAGUGUUCAUGGACAAUAAAGAAUGAUUGGAAAUAUGAUAUUA